GCUCGCCGGCUCUUUUCCGCUUCCGGUGUCUCCUACAUCCAUGGCUGCUGCCGCUGUUCCCUCGGGCGCUGGGGAGCCCUCGUCCCCGGACGAAUUGCUCCCAAAAGGUGACGUAGAGAAGACUGAAGAAGAGCUGGAAGAGGACGAUGACGACGAGCUAGAUGAGACCCUGUCGGAGAGACUAUGGGGUCUGACGGAGAUGUUCCCGGAGAGGGUUCGUUCCGCAGCCGGAGCCACUUUUGAUCUCUCCCUCUUUGUGGCUCAAAAAAUGUACAGGUUUUCCAGGGCAGCCUUAUGGAUUGGGACCACCUCCUUUAUGAUCCUAGUUCUUCCUGUUGUCUUUGAGACUGAGAAGUUGCAAAUGGAGCAACAGCAACAACUGCAGCAGCGGCAGAUACUUCUAGGGCCUAACACAGGGCUGUCUGGAGGAAUGCCAGGGGCUCUACCUUCACUUCCUGGGAAGAUCUAGAUUGUUACUACUAUAUUGGUGGGAGAAGUUCAAAAUUCAAUAGUAUUUGAACUGCUGAUUAUUUUGAUUAUUUUUUUUUUUUUUUAACUUUGGCACAUUGAUCUAUCUAAACCUGGGGGUAGGGAAAUUCUCCCCACAUUGUCUCAUGGAUAGACUGUCAACUUGCAACUGUACCCUCCACGAUAUCCUGACUUAUAUUUUCUGUCCUCACUCUGAUAGCAGAGUGCAGCCAUGCAGAUGGUUAUUCCAGCUCUGGCCAAGUCAUCCCUUUGACUAAAUAGUUUCUAACCAGAAGACCUCACUAUCCCAUUGUGGGGUUAGGAACUGAUGCCAGUGGGAGGGAUGUAUCCCUGACCAUUAAUGACUUCUUUUUUUGGAAAAGAAUGGUGAUGUCUGGGAGGGACAUGCACACAGUAUCAAACAAGCAAAACGCAUUGCAACUGUCAUGUAAAGCGGCCACUAUGAAUCCCUGUAUGUGUUGGAGAGGAGAAACGCCGGCUGCAGCUUCAGCCACAAGAUGGGGACUGUGGAAGACAGAGCAGGAGCUCUGCACAUUUUGGCUAUUAGACUUAUGUGUGUAAAAAAACAAACAAACGCUUACUUUUUGUAUUUAAACAUUAAAAAUUAUUCCAAUGAAAAGUGUCAUUCACAUGCUUGUGA